AUGGAGCGCCUACGAGCAAGGGUUCCAGGGCCACUACUGGAACGCAUCGAGCGCAGCAAAGAGGCGGAAAUCGAGUCUACAGCAGCCGCGCUUGCCGCAUUUCUCGAUCGCGAUCCAGUCUUUCGUCAUGCAUUGGACCGGCUUUUGCAGCCGACUACGUGUGGCAAGGAUUACGAAUCGGCUGCGAAGCACAAGGCAGAUGGAAACAGAGCAUUUCAGCAGCGGGAUUACAAACAAGCAAUACAAGACUACACAAAGGCAUUGAAGCUCAUGCCAUGGAAUUCCGCAUCGUGCAAUGAUUUGGCGACUAUAUUUUCGAACCGUGCGACAAGCUUUCAUAAAUCGGGCUUAAAACUGGAAGGUAUAAGGGAUUGUGACCGAGCAAUCGCGCUGAACGAAUCAUAUGCAAAAGCAUGGUACAGGAGAGGACUUAUCAAGGCCGAUUUGUGUGACUACCAAGGAGCUGUCCUGGACAAAGCUGCUCAUACUCGCGAGUGUUCGGUGAGCGGCAAAAAGCAAGUAGAGGUUGAGCUCCUCCAAGUUCGUCAAAAGCUUAAGCUAGCCUCACCACAGGCGCAAAGAGAUUUAAGCACAUCUUUGAAGGCUGGUAUUUCGGCUCAGACGGCGAUGUAUUGGAGCGCUGAUAAGCAGUGGGGACUGAGAACAACAUCGGAAGUUCAGGCUGGCACGCUCGUUCAUUCGGAAGAAGCUUUAGCAGGGAUCUUGUUGAAAAAACAUCGUCCUACACAUUGUCAUGGCUGUUUCGGUGUGGUACCAGCAGAUUCUGUUCCCUGUAUCGGAUGUGGAGUUGUAUCAUAUUGUAACGAUGCUUGUCGUGAUGAUGCAACAGUGGAGCAUAAAUUGGAAUGUGGAGGCAGUGGAUGGGCUGCUGCUCUUCCCGAAGAGGGUGUUCUUGCUGCUAGAAUCUUAGUCACUAAUUUACAGUGCGAGGUUGAUCUCUGCCACCAUUAUAACGAUCUUCCAUCUCAAACUAAAGUUGAGCUCUAUCUCCUGGCUGCUACUCUAGCAAAGUGCCUGAUGGCCUCUUGGUUGGCGUUUUCUUUUGAAGAUCUUCUCGCCAAGCUUGUUCUUUUGCUUGCAAUGCUUCGAUUCAAUGCGAUGGGAAUCAUACACAUCUAUUCAUCAGAUGAGACUGGUAGUUCGUCGGGAGCGCACAUCUGCGGGAUUGAGCAUGUGGUGGUUGCUCAAGCUCUUUUUGUGCGUGGUAGCAAGUUCAAUCAUUCUUGUAGCCCCAACGUCCAUGUCUCGUAUGUCAAGCGCACCUUACGUGCUCAUUGUACCGAGGCGCUUCCAGCUUUUUGUCCGCUCGAGAUAAGCUAUGGCGUUCAAGUAAUGUCGGACUUGCUCCAUAUCGCAUAUUACUGUUGUCAACCUGGCUGUCAAGGCAUUGUGCUGGAUCCAGACGCUUCUGACGAGGAUAUACUUCUGCCUGGAGGUUCUGGCACAGUGAGGUUUCUUAUCGAGCAUUGCAACAUUCUGCCGCAGGAUAUAAACAAGGAUUCACCCCAGUUUAUUCUGCCUGCUAAACGAUGCUUGACAUGUAAAGCGGUUAGAAGUUUGAAAGAUGAUGGCAGAAGGAACCUGGAGGAUCUUCAAAUUUGCGGCAGUCGUUUAAAUGGGAACGAGGCAAUAGCUGAUGGCUUAAGGUUAUUGGAGAACGGUAGAAAGUGCUUCCAUCCAUUCAGCAAGCAGUUGGCUCAGAUGGAAGACAUAGUGGCAAGACUAUAUUGUGAAGCAGGACAGCAGCCUGCAGCCGCUAUAGUUCACGCACGAAGGUCAAUAGAGAUUCUUGAACGCAUAUAUGGGAAAGAUCACAUUGCAAUGGCAUAUGAACGUCUGAAGCUCGCAUCUAUUGCAGGGAUCACAGGAGCCGCAAGGGAAUGCUUAGCAAUGGCAGAGAGAACAUUCAGUUUCUAUUAUGGCUUUGACUACGGAGCAGUAUUUCCUGAUCUAAAACGGUUGACGAGUUUAGAAUGAACAGUGGAAAAGUAUGACAUUGUAAGGCUACUACGUAAUAAGGGCAACCACAAACGUUUAUCUGAGUCUGUCCA